UCGACCACCAUCAAACAGUGGACUAAAAACAUAGGAAGUGAAAGUAGAGACUGAGCGGAAAAACUAAUUUAGAAAGUUUCCGAUAUAUGUUUGUACGGUGUGUCACGCUGUCAACCCUAGACGGUAGAUGUUAUUUAAGAGAGCGAUAGAAACAUUUAGUGAAAGAUGAAUAUCUGGAGGGCGUGUUCUACUGUAAUCAGUUUGUUCUGGUUAACAGGUGAUACAGUUACAGGUAAUAAAGUGAGAUAUGAGCGAGCUAUUGGUGGAAGGCCUAUAUCACGUGGUCAAUGGCCGUGGCUUGUGGUAUUAAGAGCUACCAUUACAACGCAGACCUUAUUUGGUAUUAUACCAAUACGUCAUAAACAUAUUUACUGUGGUGGAUCGGUUCUCAAUGAUAGAUGGGUUGUUACAGCUGCUCAUUGUUUUAAAGAACCAGGGAGUCAAGCGAGAAGACCCCAUAAAUGGGAAGUAAGAUUAGCAACCAUUUCCCUGAGGAUGAAUCCACUGGAGAGAAUACGCCAUGUUUUAGGUCAGAUUUUCCAUCGUUCUGAUUGGGUACAAUGGGAGAUUGACGUGGAGCGAAUAGUUAUACAUCCACAAUAUGAUUCAGCAGAUUCGUGGGCCAAUGAUAUAGCUCUGGUGAAACUAGAAAGAUCCGUACCUUCUGGCGUUAGUUACUCAGCCAUCAGACGAAUAAAGCUACCAGUACAGGGAGAUAACUCCUUUCCUUCUGUUGGUCAAACUUGUGUAGCUAAAGGAUGGGGCUGUACACACAAUGGUGAAGGUCCAUCGUCUGUUGCUAGAGAAUUAGAGUUACCUAUAUAUGGAGAUAGUCAAUGUCGUCAUCAAUAUCAACUGAAUACAAUGUCUAAACGUAUAUGUGCUGGGUAUAGAAAUGGUGGAGUAGGCGUAUGUGCGGGUGACAGUGGCAGUCCUCUAGUCUGUGAGAGAGAUGGUGACUAUGUUCUAGUUGGUAUCGUGUCAUUCACCAGUCGAGAUGAUCCAGAAUUAUAUCCAGCAGUUUCUACCAGAGUUUCAGAUUAUGUUCAGUGGAUAAAUACAACCCUGAGAACGUUAUAAAUAUUGAUAUUAUAUUUAACCAUUAGUAACAAUUAAACGUGAAGUUGUCACCAUGAACUGAUAUAGUCAAUCAUUACUUACAAAUGAACGUUACUUAAAAUCCUAUGUUACUUUGUGUAUAAAGAUUCCCAUUUUAUUCUUAGUUACCUUUACAAACUAACUUAAUAAGAUGUGUAUUUGUAGUCCUGAAAGUUAUUAAAAUUCAUAUUUAAUCGCUAAA